CUACCAAAACAGGAAUUUGUCAAGCUGGCACAAAAUGGUCUGGACAUUGAAUUGAGGAAAAAGUUUGAAGAAUGGAGUUUCGUGAUUUCUUUGAGUUGUCUUACAAGGUAGCUCGUUAUGAAAAUUUAUUGCGAGAGGACACACAAAGAAAAUCUACAUCUCAUGGGACUUAUUAUGGUGAUGCUAACUUUGAUCUGAACGUUGCAGAAGUGGUGGCAGACAAGCCAGUUGUUUGCCCAGAUUUGGUUAAAGUGGCCCAGCAGACCAACAAAACAGUAAAACGUUAUGUCGGAGAGGCUGGAAAACAAUACACAUUUGACAUUUCAAAGACUAAUAAAAUCUUUGACCACCUUAAAAAGAGUGGUCUAAUUAAGUUGUCGCCGGGGCAUAAAAUCCCAAUGGAUAAAAUCAACAAGGGAAUUCUGCGUUUUCCGGAUAAGGCCAAAGAAACUAUGGGAGUUGAUGCAGAUCCAUUCCCUACCAUGUUUGUUGGGGUGAAUGCAGCAGAUCUUAGGAGCAUUGCCAGAGAUAGAACUCAGACAUACUCUAGGCGCAGACUUGCAGCUGAUGAUCUGAGAAUGGUGAAACCACCACUCAAAUCUCCAAGCAAACAGUGGGAACGUGUGGUGCAUCCAAAAUUUCCUAAGGGUCAAAAUCCAAGGACCUUGAGGAGGCGUUUACAAUGCAAAAGGGUAGCAGAAAGACACCGACAGCAAAUUACAGACUCGGGGGGCAAGGCAGAUCAGGCUCAGCCGCUCUCAGCAAGGAGAAAAUCAGUGUGGGUCUGUAAGGAAAAAGGGAGCACAUCUGAUCAGAAUGCUCCAGAAAAGGAAGAACCACCCAGAAGUCCAACAUCACCUUGGAUUCUGGCUGUGGAAUCAAAUGAAGAAACCGAUUUGAAGGUGAAAUUUGAUAUGUCAGAUGAAGUGAAAAAUUCAUUAGACAUAAUUCAUUUUGGUGAGUUUUCCAUGAAUCUAUCGUGUUUAGUGAUCACUCUUCCUUUGGUAUUUCAAGCAAGAGAGCAAUCAGAAUCUGUAGUCUGUCACCAGACAGCUUUGAUUGAGGAAGAAGAAGUCAUUGAGAUCCCAGCUAAGGAAGAUGGUGGCAUGGAUUCAGCAGAUAAAAUCAUUUUCGAAAAACAAGAAGAGAGAAUGGCUAGACAUAUCAGGCCAUUAUACAUUCAUGCACAUCUGGAUGGUAUGCCGAUAAAUCGGGUUUUGGUUGAUAAUGGAGCAGCUGUCAAUGUUUUGCCAACUUGUAUUUUGCACAAAAUUGGCAAAUCUUUGGGUGAUUUAAUGGAGACAGAAGUGAUAAUUAGUGACUUUACUGGUGGAGUAAAUCGCUUAAGGGGAAUUCUGCUAGUAGAACUUAUCGUGGGAAAUAGAACUCUCAUGUGUGCAUUCUUUGUGGUUGACACUUUUGCCACUUAUAAUGCAUUGCUUGGGAGAGAUUGGAUACAUUCCAGCUGGUGUGUUCCUUCAACUUUGCAUCAGAAAUUAAUAUUCUGGAACAGUGGCAGAACUAAAGUUGUGACAGCAGAUGACAAGCCAUUUGUGGCAAAUACCAGUGCAGUGGAAGCUCGUUAUUAUGAUGAAGAUAUUGGGACUAUCCGUUUCUUUGGGAUGGACCGCUAUGGCAGACCUUCUGGAAUUACUACUUGCACCAAAUCUUCAAUGGAUAGACAGAUUGUGAAGGAGAAAGAUCGAAUUAAGCACCAGAAAAAGGAGGCCGUGGAAGAAAUCAAGAGAAAAUUAGCAGCCUACCUUGUUGAAAAACGGAUCUGUGUAGACAAAUCUGAAGUAGUCUGUGAAGGUGAAGAGGAAGACUUGAAGGAUCAAAUAACUUUGAAGGAAUUAGAUCUGGCACCAUCAAAACUUGAUGAUCUGAAGGCAGAAGUACAAGAUCCCCUAAAUAAGAAUGGCAAGUUGAGAAUCUGUGUAGACUUCAGAAAUCUGAAUCUGGCAACACCAAAAGAUGAAUAUCCUAUGCCUAUUGCAGAUUUAUUGGUGAAUGGUGCAGCACGCCACCGAAUUCUGUCAUUCAUGGAUGGCCACAGUGGGUAUAACCAGAUUUUUAUAGCAAAAGAGGACAUUCCAAAGAUCGCUUUCUGUUGCCCAGGAGCUAUUGGUACGUAUGAAUGGGUGGUUUAUGUUAUUUCGAAAACUGAUGUGAUAAAGUACAUGUUGUCUCGACCACUGUUGAGAGGCAAAAUUGGGAAAUGGGUUCUGGCUUUGUCAGAAUUCAACCUGAAGUACAUGCCUCAAAAAGUUGUCAACGGGCAAGCUUUGGCAGAUUUCCUAGCAGAUCAUCCAUGCCUAGAGGUAGAAGCGAAUGAGGAAAAAGGUAUUAAUUUAUUUUCCAUAAGUCUGGUUCCUUGGAAGCUUAUCUUUGAUGGAUCUAGCACAGAUUCCAUGUUUGGAGCAGGAAUUGUUAUUAUUUCUCCAACUGGUUUGAAAACCCAGAUGUCAUUUCAGCUAGAUUUCAAUUACACCAACAACCAAGCUGAAUAUGAGGCGUUGAUUAUCGGGUUGGAAGUGUUGGUAGAGCUCAAGGUACUUGUGGUAGAAAUAAUUGGCUUAAAAGUCCCAGAAAGUGUGAUGAGCAAAAUUGUUGUUGUGGAAAAACGAAUUCUGCCACAUGGUAUGGCAAUUUCUGCUUGUUCCAUAGAUGUAACCCAGACAGAUUGGCGUUAUCCGAUCAUGGAAUACCUAAAAAAUCCAAAUUUUAAGGCUUCAAGAAGAACAAAAAUGCAGGCCUUGAAUUAUGUUCUGUUAGAAGAUGUUCUUUAUAGAAGGGGACAUGAUGAAUUACUUCUGCGCUGUCUUGGUCCAGAUGAGUACUGCCAGAUUAUGUCAAAUGUGCAUAAUGGAAUCUGUGAUUACUUUACCAAGUGGGUGGAAGCAAAGCCAAUGAAGAAGGUUGACCAGACCGAUAUUAUUAAAUUUCUUAAGGAAGAAAUCAUUCACAGAUUCGGUUUGUCAGAAACAGUGACUUCAGAUCAGGGAAUAGUUUUUGUUGGUGCACAAGUUGAGGCGUUUGCAAAAGAAAUGGAAUUUAGGUUACUCACUUCAACCCCUCAUUAUGCUCAAGCCAACGGUCAAGCUGAGGCUUCCAAUAGAAUUGUAAUAAAUCUACUGGAAAAAAUGGUUGAUGAUAAUCCAAGAGGUUGGCAUGAGCUGUUAUCUGACAUAAUUUGGGUUUACAGAACUUCACAAAGGAGUUCUACCAAGGUAACUCCAUUUUCUUUAACUUAUGGACAUCAUGUUGUUCUGCCCAUGGAGUUGUCUGCUAGAUCAUUGCGUAUAGCAAUUCAACAUGGUCUCACUUCUGGAGAAUAUAAUGAAGCAAUGAUUCUAGAGUUAGAAGACCUUGAAGGUAUGCGAUUGACGGCCUUAGAUAGGCUACAAACGCAGAAAUUAAAAGUGGCUCAAACAUACAACAAACGGGUGAAAUCCAUAAGUCUGGCAGAAGGAGAUCUGGUAUAGAAAGUAAUUCUACCACCUGGAAAGAAAGACCCCAGAUUUGGGAAAUGGUCCCCAAAUUGGGAAAGACCAUUUUGUAUACAUGAAGUGCUUAGAAGAGGAGCAUAUUGGCUUGAAUCAUUAAAUGGAGAGUUACAUCCUCGAAAAAUAAAUGGAAUCUACCUUA